AUGUCUCCUCGAAGACUCUUGUUCUUUUCUUCAUCCUCCGUAUUAAGUCACGGUCACCGCGGUCCAACUCUAUCACAGCACCGUUGGAUUUUCACGACAACCCAACUUAAUGGCUCGUGGAUGGACAAGAUCAAAGGUGUCAUCACCGGCCAAAAGGCCGCCACUCCUGAAUCCACCACUUCCUCUGAGUCCUUCACCCUCCUCCGGUUUGCUGAUGAGUUGAGCAAAGCAAGAAAGGUAGGGACUUUUAAGCAGUACAUUGUGGGCCGAAGCAGUGAAGCGACAUUUGCCGAUGCCUUUGAGAAGCAGGAGGCCAUUAUUAGGUAUCUUGGAGGUUUUGAUCCUACUGGAGAGAAUCUCCAAACUACUCAGAAGCAAGAAGCAGCAAAGCAUUGUAAUUGCACAAUAGCUGACGUUGAGAAUUCCUUGGCAAAAUUUACAUGGGCUAAAGAAGCUCAAAAGAAAAUCGAGAAGUUGAAAGGAGAAGGGAAGCCAAUGCCAAAGAGCUUGGCUGAG